CUGCGGCGAUACAGCAGCUACAUAGUCCACUUCUUACGACCCUCUAACAUCCGGACAUUUUUGAUAACCUACCUGGAUGAAGUCAGAAUGUCUUCUAAAGAAUGGAAUAGCAGCAAUGUCCCUGAUGAAACAUCUGACUGAUUAAAACUAAGUAAGGGGAUCUAGCUGAAGACUGAAUUUAGGCAAAUACAAAAACAAUGUGACCAAGUCUGUAGAGAAGAUCUUAUCGGAGGAGAGGUCAUCAAGGAUGGUGGCAGCUCAGAUGAUGCUGGACAAGAUGUUGGCCAUGGAUGAGGCCGGCUGGUUCCAGGCCUUCCUGGACACGCUAAAGGUUUUGGAGUACACAGGUCUCCACAUGGCAAUCACGAACUGGGAUUUUAGCGAGCUGGAGGCUCUGAGUCCUGCCAGGAAGUUGCUGGAUCAAGUCGAGAUGUCCAUCACCAAAAACAUGAAACCCAGAGAGCUGCUGCCACACAUGAGUGACUGUCUCACACAGCGAGAGUGUGAGGAGAUCAUUUCGGUGGAGAACCAGAGGGGGUGUAUUGCAGCGAGUGAGCGGUUAGUGGAAAGUCUGAGAUACUGCGAUAAACCAAACUGGUUUAAAGUGUUUAAACUCGCACUGGAGAACUGCAGCCAGACUCUCGCUCUCCAGCUGCUCGAGCCUGAUGAGAAUGGGAACAGUGUUCAGGACUGUGUGGAGGAUGACAUAGUUAUGCCAAUGGUGUGUUUUGAGUACAGAGAGGAUGGUGAGAGUGACAACCUGAUGAGCAGCAACAGUGAGACGAGUGUGACUGAGCAGUGUGUCGAGGGUGCUCAGGGGGGCAUGGCCAGUGUGUGUGAGAGACAUACAGAGAAGAAAUUGAGAGAGUAUCAGAAAGAGCUCGCUACAACCGCAUACAAUGGCCUCAACACCAUCAUCUGUGCUCCAACAGGUUGUGGUAAAACUAUUGUUGCUGUGGCGAUCUGUGAGGAUCACCUCAAGAAAUAUCCUGAGAAGGCCAAAGUGGUUUUCAUGGCAACCAAAGUAGAGGUUUAUAAACAACAAUACAACCUGUUCAAGGAUUACUUCAGCAAGGAGCCAGACAUCAGGGUGACAGGCGUGUGUGGGGAAAUGGAGGACGUGCACCUUCCCACCCUGGUGUCCAGCAGUGACGUGCUGGUGAUGACUCCUCAGAUACUGGUGAACGCUUUACAGCGUGGUGAGGUGGCUUCUCUAAACACCUUCACACUGCUGCUGCUGGACGAGUGUCACAACACCACUGGCAAACACCCGUACAACAUCAUCAUGAGCCACUACAUCGACGCCAAACACAGCAUGCCCACACACACACUGCCUCAGGUGGUUGGCUUCACUGCAUCUGUUGGUAUUGGGAGUUUUAAGAAUGUGCCAGAGGCUGAGAACAACAUCUGCCAGCUGUGUGCUAACCUGGAUGCCCGGGUCAUCACCACGGUUACCAAGAAUAUCAAUGAGCUGAGGUCAUUUGUGCACACACCUGAGAAAGACUUUUUUCCGGUCACACCGCGCACCUCAGAUCCCUUCAUCCUCAUCAUCAAAAACAUCAUGAAGGAAAUCGAACGGCUGGCAAUAAAUGUCUACAAAAUUGACACUCUGUCCCAGGUACAAAGAGGUGAUUAUGGCAGCCAGAUGUAUGAGCAGUGGAUUGUGGAUGUACAGAAACGUUGCAAACUGCUACGGUUCACUGACCAUGAGGAAGAGCGCAAAAUCUGCAGAGCACUAUACACCUACACUGAACACCUCAGAAAAUAUAAUGAUGCUCUGAUCAUUAAUGAGGAUGCUCGCACUAAAGAUGCACUGGACUACAUGGACUUGUUCAUCAAGGACAUCAGUAACGCCACCCCAGACUCCACCGAGUGCAAGCUCAUUAACUUGUAUAGAAUGGAGCAUGAGCAACUGCGCAAUUUAGCCACUGAAGGACAACAAAAUCCCAAACUGCAGGAGCUCAAAUUCAUCCUGGAUGAAGAAUACAGCAAUAACGAUCAGACUCGCACGGUGUUGUUUGUCAGGACCCGCGCCCUUGCUGAUGCUCUGAAAAAGUGGAUUGAGGAGACAGAUUCACUGAGGUUUCUGAAGCCUGGAGUUCUGAUUGGAAAAGGAAGAAGAUCACAACUGACAGGCUCAGGUAUGACUCUGACAGGACAGAAGGGUGUGCUUGACUCCUUUAAGAGCUCUGAGUCCUCUUCCCAGAGUAAGAUUCUCAUCGCCACCUCCGUUGCUGAUGAGGGUAUCGAUAUCCCACAGUGCAACCUGGUGCUCAUGUACGAGUACGUUGGCAAUGUCGUAAAGAUGGUGCAGGUUCGAGGUCGGGGCAGAGCUCAGGGCAGCAGGUGUUUUCUGAUCUCCAGUAGACAGGAGCGCAUUGACAAAGAGAAACUAAACAUGGAGAGAGAGAAGUUGGUGGAGGUGGCUAUUAAAAAGCUGCAGAACUCACCUGACGACCUGUGUGCCAAGGUGGAUCGGUUCCAGAAGGAGGAUGUGGCCCGGAGAGCCCAUAUGAACUUGAGUGUAGAGAAAACUCGGACUGAGGGCAGUUACCAGCUCCUGUGUGGAAGGUGCAAGAAGUUUGCCUGUUUCAGUGAUGACCUGCGUGUGCUACAGGAAUCUCACCACAUCGUGCUGGAUCACUCCAUAUUCAAGCGCUGUCUCACUAAACCACACGAUAAAAUCAAGACCUUCAACAACAUUACCAAAAAGGAUAAGAUGUUUUGUUCUGAUUGUAACCAUGACUGGGGCAUCAUUGCCUCCUACAUGAAUAUACAGGAUUUGCCAGUGGUGAAGAUUGAAAGUUUCAUUGUUCAGGACCAAGUGACGAAGAAACAGCAGUUUUUCAGGAAAUGGCGUGACGUCACAUUCCAUAUACGAGAGUUUGAUGUGACAGAGAUGUCAGUGGAGAAGCAGGAGCCGAGAACAUAGAGACAAAACUGAGAUUAUAAACAUCUGAAACUGCCAGCCUCUCUCUCUCUCUCUCUCUCUCUCUCUCACACACACACUUGUGUUAAUAUCGUACGAUCAUAUUUAUUAAGACAAGUACUAUUUACUGGAGUUUUAGUGAUGUUUUGCACUGGUGGGCGGGGCCAAUUUGCUAGGCAAUUGUGAGGUUUUAGUUGAAAUCACACACAGCUGAUUGGCUGAAGCACUUUACUGAGUAAAGCUUCUGCUUGUUUUAUUUCUUCAAAUAUUUCAGAAGGCACUAUGUUUGCAAAAUUGUUUUAUGAAAUUACAAAGUCAGUAAUUAUUGAACAACUAUUGGCUUUGAUAAUUUUUCAUUAAAUUAAGCCAUGCCCCCAAUGCAGUCCUUUGAGAGGGAAAUGAAAAAAGAUCACAGAUAAAGUGCACAACUGUAAUAACACCGUUUGUGAUGAUUUCUACUUUAUCAUUUUACUAAUGUAACAUUUUUAUCUCAAGAUCAUGACUUAAGCUAAAACCACAAUAAAUUGUUAAUUUUUAAA